AUGAUUAUGAGCACUCAAUCCCUACAACAUCUCAGAACUAAACCCCGUCCAGCCUUACGCUUGGUCGGCACCAAACAACUGCCGCGUGAGGACUGGUUGACCGUGCGGAAGCAAGGCUUCGGCAGUUCGGACGCCGCCGCUGCUGUGGGCCUGAACCCUUAUAAAUCACAGCUGGAACUGUGGAUGGAAAAAACCGGGCGUGACACCUUACUACCCAUGCUCGAUCCGCAGGAUGAGGAAAGCCCCGCAUACUGGGGCAACAUCCUGGAGCCGAUUGUCGCAUCUCAUUACACCCGGCGCAGUGGUCAUCGGGUCCGCCGGGUCAAUGCGGUUCUGCAGCAUCCUGAUCCCAAACUGGCCUGGAUGCUGGCCAAUAUCGACCGUGAGGUUAUCGGUGCGUCAGAAGUGCAGAUUCUCGAAUGCAAAACCGCCGGCAUAAACGGCGCACUUCUCUGGAAAGAAGGCGUGCCCGAGUAUGUGCAGUUGCAGGUCAUUCACCAGUUGGCCGUGACUGGCAAGCAGGCGGCGGAUGUGGCGGUACUGCUCGGAGGUCAGCAUCUGGAAAUUCAUCGCAUUGAACGCGAUGAGUCACUGAUAGCUCGGUUGAUUGACCUGGAACGGCUCUUCUGGGAUUACGUCGUCAGUGACACCCCGCCGCCAGCAGACGGUUCUGCCUCGGCGGAGCAAGCUUUGCGCUGUCUGCAUCCGCAUGACAAUGGACAAAUCCUGGAUUUUAGCCACGACACACUGCUCUGCACGGCCUUUACCGAACUGCAGAACGUGCGCAAGUCGAUUGCUCUGCAGGAGAAGCAGGAAGCUCAGCUCAAGCAAACGUUGCAACAGGCCAUGGGCGAUGCCAGUCGGGCGACCUUCGCGACCGGCAGCAUCACGUGGAAGAAAGCCAAAGACAGCACGGCCCUGGAUAUCCCCCGCCUGCUGAAAGAAAAACCCCACCUGCAAGUACGCUACUCGACCACAAAAACCGGCAGUCGACGUUUUCUGCUGGCC